AUGUUCCUAGCAGACCCCGUAUUGUUCAGCUUGUCUCUACUUGAUACAGGAGCGAUAUUAUUCCUCUUGAUCUACUUUGUGAUUGUACUGUCUGAUUUGGAAUGCGACUAUCUGAACGCCCAGGAAUGUUGUUCUCGACUCAACAUUUGGGUCUAUCCUAAACUCAUUGCCCAUGUUUUCCUGAACUCUCUACUAUUUGUUCAUGGACAUUGGGUGCUGUUCUUCAUUAAUCUUCCUGUAACUUGCUGGAUGGCUUAUGAGGUCAUCAAUGUGCCAAAGGGUAAUAUGGGCAUAUAUGAUCCCACUGAAAUUCACAAUAGAGGGCAGCUGAAAAGACACAUGAGAGACUGUAUGGUAUUUCUGGGAUUUUAUCUGAUACUAUUUUUCAUAUACUUGUACUGCAUGAUUUCUUCUUUGUUAAAAGGUGAUCCAAUUAAUCGAAUAGAUGAAGGUGAAAUAAUUAAUGAGAUGUAG